GUGUCUUCAAAUAUUAAAUUUCAAGUGUCUUGUUAUUGUAAUGUAUUGAACAGCAUCUGAACUAGUGUCACCUGCACAGGUGGAUGCGCUUCAAAAACAAAUCUUGGCGAGAGGUGAACUCCGAAAACCUGAAACAUUAAAUAUACGUGGACGUUAACAUUAGCUGUUUUUAUUUUUAAGUAACGCACAGUAACGCAUGUAACUGACUUGGGCGAGUUGACACCUUCUAGUCUGGAUUAAUCCCAUUAUUUCACCUCUGCUCUGUGCAGCAGGAGGUAGUUUUUUGGUCCAGUACUUUGUGGACAGAGACCAACGAGGGAUUUGCCUUGACCUGCUCCUUAUGUCUGAAGACUCAAGCAGUGGUGAGGAAUGGUGUUUAUCCAUAAAAAGGAAGGUGGAUGAUUGCCAAAGAGAGGCAAAAUGUUGGGAAUGCGGCAAAAUAUUCAGCAAAAUAACGAACUUGAUGUCCCAUUACAAAAGCCAUGAUAUCAAAGCCACCUGCUACAUCUGCUCAGUUACUUUCCGACGCCUGACGUCGCUCUUCAUGCACCUGGAUAAUGUGCACUUGCCACCCUCCUGCUCAAUGUGCAAUCAUUCUUUCAGUAAUGUGUGGGACUUAAACAAGCAUGCAGAGAGAUAUUGCAGAGGCCCAGCGAAAUUUCAGAAAGCUCCCUCUUUGACUUUUGCCGUCACUGAUCAGAUACAGAAUAGUUACAGUGUCCCUAGUAAAGUGACAGCAAGGCAAACCACAAACUCAGCACAAUUUCAACAAGAUCAGAUACAGAAUAGUCAUGUUAUUAAUAACAUGACAGCACAGCAAAACACAAACUGUACACCAUUUCAAAACGCUCGCCCUUUGACAUUUGCCGUCACAGGUGAAAUAAAGAGUAGUUACAAUGUCCCUAAUAACAUGACAGCACAGCAAACCACAAACUCGUUGUCGGAGCUCAGGCCUCAACAAAGAGUUGAGAUGAAGUCUGAGAGUCCUGAGAUGCCUGAAAACAGUGUAAAGUAUGUCGCUGGUGAAGAUGAUAAGAAAGACAUUGUCAUGGAAAGUGAGUGUAAGAGAGCUGACAAUUCAACAAGCUCUGAAUCCGAUGAUGAAAAUAAGACAAGCUCUAAACUUGCAGACUUGUCUCCAGAUGAUCCAGAAUCAGAGGGAGGCUCAAGUUCAACCAAUGAUUCCAGUGACUCUUCUAGAAGUAUGCACUCCAAAAACACACUUGCAGCCCUUCCUAACAUUAAUAAUCCAAUGUGUGCUGCGUGUGGUAGAGGGCCAUUUCGGUCAAUGAAGCUGCAUUUGCUGCACUGUAGUGGUAUAAGGGUAAAAUACCAGUGUUCAGUAUGCAAGAACAUCUUUCUAACUGAGGAGUCCAUUAAGGAGCACUACAUGCCUCUGUAUUCCUGUGAAAUCUGUGGCCAAGUUUUCCCUCAGGAGAGCUUGUACCGUCACCAUCCGUGUCCCAAGGGAAGCAAAUCGCCUCUGGUCCUCUUUUGUGCCGAGUCAAUGCCGCAAGCGUGUAACAUUUGCAAAUCCUUUUUCACUUCGGAGAAAACUUUGUCAGAACAUGUCACCAGAGUUCAUACGACAGUGGUCAGCACCAAGGUGUGCAUCAUAACCAAUCCGUCAGUGUUGACUGAUAAAAGGAUAUUGCCAGGUGUCCACGGCACAGCAGCCAUCAGUCGUCCAAAUAUGGUUAAUAAGGUCAUAAAUGGACAUCUCUUUACUGGCCAUAACCAUGCACAGUCUCUGUCCACUGUUAGACCCCCCAUGCCCCAUCCGGGUAGACCUCCUGCCACUUUAUGCAUGGCCUCUGCUGCUGCACUUGUUGGAUCAGGAAAAGACUUUGCCCUUGGUCCAAACAACCAGCCUUCAAGCCGUCAGUCUGCACCUUUAUGUCGUCCUCCCAGUGCCACUCACACAAUUUCAUCUACUGCAACCUCUGACCCAGUCCCACCACCAAUGCCCACCAUCAUUGCCAUGUUUGAGAACGACAGCCAUGACAUUGCUUUAAUGAAACGCAUGAACACAGACUGGCGCUCUAAGGCCACUUACCCCUGCAGGCAGUGCGGCGCCAUCUCCCGGCAGCCCUCCCUCAUAAUCAGCCACCGCUACCUCCACCGAGGCCACCGCACACACCAGUGCCAGUGUGGCCGAGCUUUUAAGCACCGGCUGCACCUGCUGCGGCAUUGCGUUCAGCAUGCAGAGACUGUAAGCUACAUCUGUGUCAGCUGCGGGGAGACUUUCACUGGAGCAAAACUCUUAGCUGAGCACAUUAAGGGCAAAUCACAGAAGAAAUCUCAAUCUGGGCGUAAAUGUAAAUGUAAAGUUAAGAGAACGUGCAAAAUGCCCUUUACAUGUGGCUGUGGACAACUCUUUCUUAGGCCUUCGGCUUAUAUAUGGCACCAACUUAAAAACAUGACAAAAACUAAACAACUGAAGAAGCCCUUGGGAUGAGAAGACAUCUCUUGUGUCUCCAUGACUUUUAUCUUGUCUUCUUCAGCUUUGUGCAACACAAUUUAAAAAGUGUUAAACCAAAACGGAUUGUCACUAUUUUGUUUUUUAAAUGACAAAAUCAAAGCAAAACAACAUACACAUUCAUUUUUAAUGGCUUUUGAUUAUAAGCAUGUCCUGGACAGUUGUUAACAUGUUUUCACCAUUUGCAAACGAUACAUAGUAAACACGGUUAGAAAAAGUUCCUCAUCGGUUCUUUUUUACAAUACACCGGAGUACAAAUUAACCCAUGAGGAAUUUUUUUUUUUACUGUUGGAUUAAGUUAAAACACAAAACUCCAGUUUAUCCUCCAGAGAAAGAGUUAAUCCAGUUUUGGUAUUUUUUCUCACAAAGUGCAUUUUUAACAGUGAGGUUUUAUAUGGGAGUAUCUGACUCCUCGUUUAUUCAGAUUUGUUUUCACCACAGCUGAUUCAAAUGUUAUGCUCCUGUGAGACAUAGUAGAAGUCUCGAUAUUCAGGUUGAAAAUAGCAUAUGAUUUCUUUGUAGUUGGUACAUAAUCCUGAUUUUAAUGCUCAUGGAGCUCAAUUUUGUGCAAUUUACUUAAUUCAUCUCCACUAGAUGGAGCUGUUGGGUUGCUAAAGACAACUUUGCUCUUGUUGCAUUGUUCUCAGAGCAGGUGUCAACUAUUCAAUGCUUUUCCUGAAUCAGAAGAUUACAACCUUAAAUGUUCACAAUAAUCAAUGAGUUUCAGUUGAUAUCCCUUAAGAGCCCAAUAAUUUACAGUUUGAAAUAAAAGCUUCUUCCCACUAUACCUGAA